AUGGCGAUGGGUCACGCCUUCGCCGCCCCCACGGCGUUCUCGUGCGCCUGUUCGCUCAGGCUCGACCGCGUGUCGGCCUCGCGGGGCAGGCCGCUGUCCGCAGCGCGCCGCGUGCGCUCUCCGCAGCCCCAGCAGGCCUCGCCGGGCCGCGUGCGCGCUCCCUCGCGCCUCACGUGCCGCUCGUCGCAGGUGGACGGCAACACGAGCUCGCUCGUCACGGACAUCGACUACAUCAUGACGGAGAUGAAGGGCGUCGACAUGGCGCUCACGGAGGUCUACGCGUACUUCGAGCGGUCCGAGCGCGGCCCGAAGGGCCACCCAGACGCCGACAUGAAGCAACUCGGGGCCACGCUGCGCCGCAUCGUCGACGAGGGCUCCUCUUUCGACUCCUCCGAGAUCGACCUCGAACAGGGGCAGGCGAUCAAGGCCGCUCUUCUGCAGCUCUGGGGCUGGCGGCGCCGCGGCGGAGGGAUGAUGGAGCCCACCAUUCCGGCCCACCAGACGGCGUUGCGGGACAUCCAGGGGCUGGACAUCGAGACGGGCGAGGAGGUGGAGGACGACUCGGACAAGGUGCAGUCGUCGCUGCUGGACGGCGUGGACAUGACCGAGGAGGACAAGAAGGAGCUGGGGCGCGUGUUUGGCGGGUUCGCGAUGGGCGCGGUGCAGUCGGUGCUGUGGAACGGCAUCUUGCUCAUGGUCUUCGCCCUCCUCUGGCUCAACUUCCACGGCUGA